ACACAAAAGCGCGAAGGACUAGUUUUUGAAGGUUGAAAGUACAAUUGAAACUGUGAACUGAAAAAAUGAAUACAAAUGGCUCGCAAUCGAAGUUGGAGAUUCCAAUUGGAAACUCUAUUUCCAAAAUUCAAUUCGCUCCUCACUCUAACAACCUUCUCAUUUCAUCUUGGGAUACUUGUCUUCGUUUAUACGAUUUCGACGCUUCCGUUCUCAGACUCGAAUCUCCUUCAGAAUUUGCUCUUCUUGAUUGUUGCUUCACAGAUGAGGAUACUGUUGCUUUCGCAGCUGCUUCUGAUGGAUUUAUCAGAAGGUAUGACUUGCAUUCGGGAAUUGUUGACCAAGUGGGUAAUCACGACGACAUAGCAACAUGCAUUGGAUAUUCCAAUGAAACAUGUUUGUUAAUUACUUCAGGAUUUGACAACAAGUUAUUGUCAUGGGAUGUUCGUACGAAGAAGGCUUCUUCAUUGUCGAGGAGUUUAGAUGAAGAGAUAGAAUCCAUGUCUGUCUCUGGGUUUAAGGUUAUUGUAGCCAUUGGAGCAUCUGCCCAUGUUUUUGAUUUACGAAACUUUGACAAACCAACUUUGUCAAUGGAGCCUUGUAGUGGUACACAAUUAAGAUGUGUCAGUUCGAUUCCUUAUGCCGAAGGUUUCGCAGCCGGAUCAGUGGAUGGACGGGUUGCGUUGCAUGUUUCAAAUUCAUCAAAUUUAAAUGACAUUGGAUAUGCAUUCCGAUAUCAUCCAAAAUCAAAAGAUGGUCGGCACCAUUUGGUAUCUGUAAAUGACAUUGCGUUCAGUCCACUUGUGUCUGGUUCAUUUGUCACCGGUAAUGAUGAGGGUUACGUUUCCAUAUGGGAUGCUAGAAGUACGAAAAGACUGAUCGAGUUUCCCAAAUACUCAAAUCGCAUUGCAUCCUUAUCUUACAACCAUUCCGGACAGCUUCUAGCUGUAGCAUCGAGUCACACUUUCAGAGAAGCAAAAGAAAAAAGAGUUGAGCCUCCUCAAGUGUUUAUACAUAAAGUAGACGACAUUGAUUUCGGAACAAGUUCUGGUUGAAGGAAAACUUCAGCAUUAUGACAUGCUUUCAAAUGGUAAUCUUAGCUAUUUAUUUAUUCCAUUGAAAAGGAAUUACCUAUAGGUGGUUGAAGAGAAAGUGUCAGUAAUUCCAGUUCUUCUAAGCCCAUUUUGUAGAGAAAGUUGCAGUCUAGUUGUUUAUAUGUUCAUUAUUAUUAUUUUUAUUUGUUUUUAGUUGAUGGCACGUGUAAGAGAAUAUAAUAUUUUUGUUGUUUUACACUUAGCAUAGUUUGGUAUGGUCCUAGUAAUUGGAGCCUAGAUAAGCCCAUUUUAGGAAAUAGAGAAGACUUGCCUUAUUUAUGUAAGCUCUGUAACAUCAUAUUUUGUCUUAGCUUUGAUUUAAUGAAAAUUCUCCUAAAGAAUUGAGUAAAGCACAUUGUCUCCUCUUAUGUUCUUGGAAACUAACUCAUUGAAUCUUAGCAAUGAUAUCUUUACCAUCAUAGUGAUUUCACCUUUGACUUAUAAACUUUCAUUUUCAAGUUGAUUGUAGGGCCAUUCUCCAUCCUUUUUUCUUAAGCCAUUUAUUUAUUUCCCUUUGUUUCCCUUCAUGAAGCUCAUGGCCAUUGCUUGGACUAGCUAGGGUCUCGUCUCAAGUUUUAAAACUAAAUAAUUGUUAAUUGAAAACUGCCAACCCCUAAAUUAGAUGUUGUUGAUGUCAAAUUAACUAAAUGAAGGUCAAUCAAAUUAUGAACAACUGAAAACGGUUGGGACAAUUUUUUCAAAUUCACUAAGACCAUGUGCAAUGGGUGUGUUGAGUUUGAACUCAACAUGCAAAAUCUCCUCCAAUGGGUGUUGAAAGAGGUGUUGAGUGUGUGCUGGAAGAGAGAGGUGUUGAGAAAACUCAACACAAUUGAGGUUGACGCAGGGGGCAUGUGGCAGCGUCUGGAUGGCUGAAACAGGCGCGUGGGGCCACGCGCGGAUUGGGGGAGUGGGGGAAAAUCCACGCGGAGAGAGAAAGAGAAAGGUGAUAAAUUGAGCCACGUGGCUGGGCGUGAUUGGCUGGCCAGAUUUUUAUCCAUUUAAUACUUUGAACUCAAUUAUUUCGUUGCAAAUUAUUUUUUUUUAUUUUUUUUUUACCAAAAUUCAUGAUUUUUUUUUCUCUAUAAAUAGAGACUUUGUUCAUUUGAUUUGGACACAGAAAAAAAAACCAAGUUUUUCAC